CCGCGAGCCCAAAAGCUAUCGGGUUAUCGGGUCCACGAUCUCCAUCGCUUUCCUCUCCACGCUACGCGACCGCGCUUCGCCACCGCCAUUUUCAAACCCCUUGGAGAGAGUUGUGGAGGGGUUGAGGGAUCGAGCGAUCGGGGACGAUGACGGAUGCGACGGUGCGGUUCGGUCUGCUGGUGAGCAUGUUCCAGGCGAUGCUCCGGGACCGGUCGGCGGCGAAGAAGCGGCGGCGGCUGAGGACGUUCCUGGACCGGGUCUACACGGGGCGGGACUACUUCAGCGCGAUGCGCCUCGUGCUCCCCGCCCUGGACCGGGAGCGCGGCUCCUACGGCCUCAAGGAGUCGGCGCUCGCCGCCGCCCUCGUCGACGCGCUCGGCCUCGCCAGGGACUCCCCCGACGCCCUCCGCCUCGUCAACUGGCGCCGCGGAGGCGCCUCCCGCGCCGGGGCCAACGCCGGCAACUUCGCCCUCGUCGCCGCCGAGGUUCUACAACGUAGACAGGGGAUGACUUCAGGGGGUCUAACAAUCAAAGAGUUGAAUGAUGCACUUGACCAGCUGGCUGCAACAGAAAACAGGGCUGAGAAGGCCUCUAUUCUUUCUGGUCUUAUUAAGAAGACAAAUGCCCUGGAAAUGAAGUGGAUUCUUAUGAUCAUUCUCAAAGAUCUAAAGUUGGGAAUCAGUGAGAAGAGCAUAUUUCAUGAAUUCCAUCCUGAUGCCGAAGAAUUGUUUAAUGUCACCUGCGACCUAAAAUUGGUUUGUGAGAAGCUGAGAGAUCGGAGUCAAAGGCAUAAGCGGCAGGAUAUAGAAGUGGGGAAACCUGUUAGGCCUCAGCUAGCCAUGAGGGUCAGUGAUGCUUCUGCUGCAUGGAAGAAGCUUCAUGGCAAGAAUGUGAUUGUCGAGUGCAAAUUUGAUGGCGAUCGAAUUCAAAUUCACAAGAAUGGAGAGGAGAUUCACUUUUUCUCACGGAACUUUCUAGAUCAUCCUGAAUAUGCUCCUGGCAUGUCGAAGAUAAUCAUGCAAAACAUCCUGGUUGACAGGUGUAUAUUGGAUGGUGAAAUGCUUGUCUGGGACACAUCCACCAAUCGUUUUGCAGAAUUCGGUUCAAACCAGGAAAUAGCAAAGGCAGCAAGGGAAGGAAUGGAGAGCGACCGCCAGUUAUGCUAUAUUGCUUUUGAUAUUCUUUAUGCUGGAGACACUAGUGUUAUUCAUCAGAGUUUGGCAGAACGACAAGAACUCCUUCAGAAAGUUGUCAAGCCUUUGAAGGGUCAGCUUGACAUUUUGAUCCCUAAUGGGGGUCUUAACGACCAUCGUCCGCAAGGUGAACCAUGCUGGUCCAUUAUUGCACAUAAUGUGGAAGACGUGGAGAAGUUCUUCAAAGAAACCAUCGAGAAUAGGGAUGAAGGAAUUGUAUUGAAGGAUCUUGAUUCCAAAUGGGAGCCCAGCGACCGCAGUGGAAAAUGGCUGAAGUUGAAACCUGAUUAUAUUCAUGCUGGUUCUGAUCUUGAUGUUCUUAUUAUAGGAGGAUACUUUGGAUCUGGCCGUCGUGGGGGAGAGGUAGCUCAGUUCUUAGUUGGUCUUGCAGAGCGCUCAGAUUCUAGUAGUUUUCCAAAAAGAUUUGUUUCAUUUUGUCGAGUUGGUACUGGCCUUUCCGACGAGGAACUCGAUGCUCUUAUUUCCAAAUUGAAACCCUAUUUCAGGAAGAACGACAACCCAAGACAAGCACCUCGCUUUUAUGAAGUGACAAAUAAUGCAAAGGAGAGGCCAGAUGUUUGGAUUGAAAGCCCUGAUAAGUCUGUUAUAGUAUCUAUUACCAGCGACAUCCGAACUAUCAAGUCUGAGGUAUUUGCUGCUCCAUACAGUUUGAGAUUUCCCCGUAUUCAUCGUGUACGUUAUGAUAAGCCAUGGCAUGAGUGCCUCGAUGUGCAGGCAUUUGUGGACUUGGUACAUUCAAGUAACGGUAACACCCACCAGGGACCAAAUGAUAGAACUUUGCAAAACCAUGAGCCCAAGCGAGUAAGAUCGACGCAGAAGAGAGGCAAGAAGCAAGUGUCAGUUGUCCCUUCGCAUUUUGUGCAGACUGACAUUUCUAAUGUUAAGGGGGAGACCAGAAUAUUUGCAAAUAUGAUGUUUUAUUUUGUUAACAUUCCUCCAUCAUAUUCUUUGGACUUUUUUCACAAAUUGGUGGUUGAGAAUGGAGGAAGUUUCUCAAUGAAUCUCAAUGACUCAGUUACGCACAGCAUAGCGGCCGAGAAAAAGGGAAUCAAGUAUCAAGCUGCCAUCCGUCAUGGAGAUAUCAUACACUAUUCAUGGAUAUUGGAUUGUUGCAAUCAAAAGCGUCUUUUGCUCUUGCAACCCAAGUACUUCCUCUCUCUUGCUGAUGCUUCAAAGCGCAAGUUCCAUGAAGAAAUUGAUGCAUACUCCGACUACUAUUACUGGGACAUUGAUAUUAUGGACCUUAAACAGAUGUUCAGUAACAUGGAUGUAGUGAAAAAUAUCGAGAACAUACAACACUAUAAGAAGAAGUAUUGUCCGGAGGAAAAAUUCUGCUUCUUUCAGGGAUGUUGUAUCUAUUUUUACAAGGCGGUGCCCCUAAUAAAUCCUGAUUACAAUACAAUAUCGGAUCUCGCACUGAAGAGGAUGAAACUCGAUGUAAUCAUGCAUAGCGGUGAAGUCUGCAGCAGCCUUGGUUCUGCCACCCAUUUGGCUGUUUUUUCAACUCUGGAAGCCCUUAAUUUUGAUGAAUUAUAUAAGAGUUUUCCGCCUGCUCAAAGGCGCCAUCUACAUAAGAAAAGGUUACAUAUUGUGAAUAGUAAGUGGUUGGAAGAUUCCAUUGAGAACAGAAAGAAGUUACCAGAAGAUGCUUACAAUCUGAAACCAGAUUCAUUAGAAGAACUAGAGGUCGAUAAAAGCAAUAACGAACUUGAGCCUCCUACCAGUACAAGUGACCGGAAAGAUCAGAGAGUCCCUAGAUUAAUUAAUAUAGGUGAAAUGAGAAAAAGAGGCCGAACGGCGCAUACUAAAUCGAGAAAUGUCAGAUCUGCCCCUAGGCCAGCUCGAAGAACACGAGCAAGGAUCGGAAAUCGACCAGCGAAAAUAGACCAAGACGAGUCUGAGAAGAGUGACUCGAACAAUUUUGGUCGAAGAGAAGCUUUUGAAUCAGGAGAUGAGAGUAAUAAAAAUGAAGAACCACUUGUAGGUGCUCAAUUUGUAAAAUUCGAAGAUGAGUCUAAAGAUGCCGACUUAGCCAUCUCUAAUGAAAACCCUAACCAUACUGAUCCUAGUGACUCGAAAGAUAAAAGUGAAGAAAUAUUUGACAGAAGUGAUGCUGCAGAAAUAGCUAGAAAAGGAAAAGGUGAAAAGUUGGAGCAAAUGGUCGAUCCGCUCCAGGCAAUGCUGCUUGACAUGAUACCGAGCCUUAGCCAGAGAAAAGCGGAGGAGCAAGCUGCGACUUCUGUUGUCGAGAAACCUACGACCGAUUCCAAUUCUAGUAACAAUGUGGUGAAGAAAAAAGUUAGUUAUAAAGAUGUGGCAGGUCAACUUCUGAAAGAUUGGUGAUACAAUUCAAGAACUUUCUUUCAGGUUGCGCAAAAAAUACUGUACAUGUGAAGCAAAGCUUGUAAACAAAUCUACUUGUAACAUAGUUUACACUAAGAACGGCUUUUGUUUUGUUGUGGCCUUUUGAUCAUUGCUUGUAUAGAAAUGCUUAUGUUUUGGAAUGUGUUAAGCUUAAUUUUGUUGCAUUUUAUUCAUAAAAAUUCUUGUAACUGAGGUGGGUAUUUGCACCAAAACAAACAAAGACUGGUUUUGUUUUCAAAUAGCGAUAUCGUGCAAAA